AUGCAGAACCAAGGCGGGACCCAAGAUGGCGACUUGCCCUCGUCGCUGCCCUCGUACAUGCCUACAUCAUCGCAGGGUGCGUCGACAAGCCUUCCUUUUGGCUACAAUAUUUUAAACCAGUCAGGUGUCAAGCCCGGUGCUGAUGCGGCGCAGCACCAGUGGAAGGGUCCGGUUCAGAAUCAGCUCAUGUACAUGGGUAACAGCGCUCGACCUGCUGGCUUAGUGGCCACCAAGAACACAGGGCUCGCUGGAGCCCAAGCCAGUCCGUCUGAGGGGGUGCGAGGCAUUACAUUUCAGGAAGGAGGGAGCUAUCAGAUGAUGGCAGCGGACGGGAAAGCGGCAGCGCCAACUGCCGCUGGAAUGCCCGUAGCGCUUAAACUGGGCCGCCAGGACGGCACACCGGCCUCUCAGAUCUCAGCGGCACAGUUUGCUGCAAGUACAGGAGGCUUGGCCAUGGACACGGCGCUACUGGCGCGCGUUAGUGGUACAGAUCCGUCACUUAUGGGCUCGGAGGAGAUCAAACAGAUCAUGCGUACGCCCGACCUGUUAUCUAUAUACCAGAAGUUGCAGGAGGAGGACGAUAGAAGACAGAGACGGCUCGAGCGCAACCGAGCAUCUGCACGAGUGCGACGUGAGAAGAAGAAAGGUAUGGUGGAGACGUACGAGACGGAAGUAUCCAAGCUCGAGAGCUCGCUAAAUAUGCUUAAAAGCCACGAGUUUGGCACAGGCAAUGCACAGGAAUUAGCAACUGCACUAGAAUACAGUUCGGGGGAACAUCUUCGUCACGCACAGAUGUCUAAGGAAGCCAAGAUGGAGUUGAUGGCCAGAAUUCUAGGUCAACAUUCAUGCAACACGGACGCGAUCCGUCGAUCUAAUGCUGAAAACCAAGCGCUGAUCGCGGUAGCUGUGGACAACUCGGAGUUUUCUCGAGCCUUACGCGCUCAACUCGGUCUCACUCCAGAACAAUGUCAGCGGCUGGCUUCCUUGGCUGUUCCUACCUGCCAAGAAGCACGAAAGCUGGAUGCUAUUCGGAAAUGCUUUUCGGCGUUGCGAGCCCACGAUUGGCUUUACGUCCCUGGUAUUGAGACUGUUCUGCACCAAUCGCGAAACACGAUGACUUCGCACCAGUUUCAAAAAUUUCUGUCUUGGUCUGUCGAGAAUCGCGCAUCGAUUGAUCGGUUGCAGGACUUAGAAUUUAUCUUUUCGGAGGACUAA